GGUACAUGGCAAUCUGAGCCUGGCGAGGUGAAGCGAGCAGUAGCUCAUGCGAUCAAGACGGGCUACCGUCACAUUGACGGCGCACCGAUCUACGGCAACGAGAAAGAAGUAGGCCAAGGGAUCAAGGAGGGUCUCCAAGCAGCCGGCAUCAAGCGUGAUGAUCUGUUCAUCACGAGCAAGCUAUGGAACUCGCACCACCAGCCCGAGUACGUCGAGAAGGGUCUCGAUCAGACACUGCAAGACUUGCAACUCGACUAUCUCAACUUGUUCCUGUGUCAUUGGCCUGUUGCCUACAACAAGCAAGAGGGCAAGAUCAAGAGCACACCCAAGAAUGCAAAGGGCGAGCUGGAUAUUGACCACGAGCUCACAAAGGACUUUGAGCCUACUUGGCGUGCCAUGGAAAAGCUCGUCGAGUCUGGCAAAGUCCGUCAUAUCGGUGUCUCCAACUUCAAUAUCCGUCGCUGCAAGGAACUUCUCGGCUACGCAAAGAUCAAGCCCGUCAUCAACCAGGUCGAGCUGUCGAUCAUCAACCCGCAACCAGACUUGCUAGCCUGGUCAAAGCAGAACAACAUCUUGCUCGAGGCUUACUCGCCUUUCGGCAGUGCGGGCGCUCCUCUGCUAUCGAACAAGGUCGUCACCGAGAUUGCAAAGAAGAACAAUACCGAUACAGGCGUCGUCCUCAUCUCGCAUGCCAUCCAGCGUGGUCUUGUCGUGCUGCCCAAGUCAGUCACGCCCAAGCGCAUCGAGCAUAACUUCAAGGGUACGUGCUCCAAAGUACGCUACUUUUGACGUGCUCACAUUCUGAGCAGACAUUGACCUCUCAAAGGAAGAUUUCCAAGCACUCGAACAGGAGGUGCAGUCCAUCAUCGAGCGCGGCGAAGCAAAGCGAGCUGUAGACUUUUCGAGCUUGGCUGGCUUCGAUAUCUUUGAAGACAAAUCGUCCGAGAACUCUGACAAGGCU